ACCAUGAGGCCCCACACAUAUCAACUGGAGACUCAAUCCAGGAACUUGAGGUCUCCAUCGCGGACUCCAACUUGGAAGGGAACGUGGAAGGGGGCUACGAGGAAAGCCACGUGUGCCGAGACAAGGCCACGCCUUUUGGUGGUUUUGUCAAGUUCUUUAGCAAUGUGGCUGAGGUGGCCCGCAAGUGGCGGGCAUUUUCUCGGGAAGAGCCACAGAUGGGCCGCCGCCGCCAUCACCAUGAGGCCUACUUGGUCCGUGGCAACAAAGAACUCAUCCUGGAGCGUGCUGCCUCCCAGGCCUCCUUCCCGCUCAGCCUGUCCUGUAGUCCCCCUGAGCCUGAGCUGUGGGGCAGUGCCAUUGGGAGGCACCGGCGCCACCACCUCAAGGCCUUACAGAGCUCAUGCACCUUUGAAAUGAGCAUUGAGGGCCAGGAGACCUCGGGCCAAGCCCUUGCAGUUCCCUGCACUACUGCUACCUUGGCCUUGGCCUCAACCUCAGCUGUCUUCGAGUUCCAGGAUGACCCGAUGCCACAGAACUGCUACAGCUACCACUAUGGCACAGCCUUUACUGGGGAGCACUCUUCUUCUGAGGAUAUCGAGGAAGAUACUGAGACUCUGGUUACCUUCCUCAAGGAAGAUAACAGUACUGGAGAGUCGUCCCCUGAGCUGGGCACCUGUGCCAGGAUGGUCAUCACCGAAGCUGUCAUGGAGAAACUAGAGGAGAAGCCCAGCAAGAUGGAGAAGCAGGAGGCCAGCAGGGGGCCCACCGGGUCCAGCCAGGCAGGGCAGCCCCAGGAGUCCAACUUGGGUAUGGGUGCAGCAGACACAGAGAUUGAAGCCAGCAAGUCCUGCACUGGAGUUUCCAGUACUCAGCUGAUCACUGGAGAUUCCAUCGUUAGUGCUGAGGCAGUAUGGGAUCACGUCACCAUGGCCAACCGGGAGUUGGCAUUUAAGGCUGGCGACGUCAUCAAAGUCUUGGAUGCUUCCAACAAGGAUUGGUGGUGGGGCCAGAUCGACGAUGAGGAGGGAUGGUUUCCUGCCAGCUUUGUGAGGCUCUGGGUGAACCAGGAGGAUGGGGUAGAGGAAGGGCCCAGUGAUGUGCAGAAUGGGCACCUGGACCCCAACUCAGACUGCCUCUGUCUGGGCCGGCCACUACAGAACCGGGACCAGAUGCGGGCCAAUGUCAUCAAUGAAAUCAUGAGCACUGAGCGCCAUUACAUCAAGCACCUCAAGGAUAUUUGUGAGGGCUACCUGAAGCAAUGCCGGAAGAGAAGGGACAUGUUCAGCGAUGAGCAACUGAAGGUGAUCUUUGGGAACAUUGAAGACAUCUACAGAUUUCAAAUGGGCUUCGUGAGAGACCUGGAGAAACAGUACAACAAUGAUGACCCCCACCUCAGUGAGAUAGGACCCUGCUUCCUGGAGCACCAAGAUGGAUUCUGGAUAUACUCUGAGUACUGUAACAACCACCUGGACGCCUGCAUGGAGCUCUCCAAACUGAUGAAGGACAGCCGUUACCAGCAUUUCUUUGAGGCCUGUCGCCUCUUGCAGCAGAUGAUCGACAUUGCUAUUGAUGGUUUCCUUUUGACUCCAGUCCAGAAGAUCUGCAAGUAUCCCUUACAGUUGGCUGAGCUCCUCAAGUAUACGGCCCAGGACCAUAGUGACUACAGGUAUGUGGCAGCUGCUCUGGCUGUCAUGAGAAAUGUGACUCAGCAGAUCAAUGAACGCAAGCGACGUUUGGAGAAUAUCGACAAGAUUGCCCAGUGGCAGGCCUCUGUUCUAGACUGGGAGGGUGAGGACAUCCUAGACAGGAGCUCGGAGCUGAUCUACACUGGGGAGAUGGCCUGGAUCUACCAGCCCUAUGGCCGCAACCAGCAGCGAGUCUUCUUCCUGUUUGAUCACCAAAUGGUCCUCUGCAAGAAGGACCUCAUUCGGAGAGACAUCCUAUAUUAUAAAGGCCGCAUUGACAUGGAUAAAUAUGAGGUAGUUGACAUUGAAGAUGGCAGAGACGAUGACUUUAAUGUCAGCAUGAAGAAUGCCUUUAAGCUUCACAACAAGGAGACUGAGGAGGUACAUCUGUUCUUCGCCAAGAAGCUAGAGGAGAAGAUACGCUGGCUCCGGGCUUUCAGAGAAGAGAGGAAAAUGGUACAGGAAGAUGAAAAAAUUGGAUUUGAAAUUUCUGAAAACCAGAAGAGGCAGGCUGCAAUGACUGUGAGAAAAGUCUCUAAACAAAAAGGUGUCAACUCUGCCCGCUCAGUUCCUCCUUCCUACCCACCACCGCAGGACCCGUUAAACCAGGGCCAGUACCUGGUCCCCGACGGCAUCGCUCAGUCACAGGUCUUUGAGUUCACCGAACCCAAGCGCAGCCAGUCACCAUUCUGGCAAAACUUCAGCAGGUUAACCCCCUUCAAAAAGUAAUACCUGCAGGGAGGCAGAUAAUUUUAAAAUAAAGUAAA